GAAAUGGGACCUCUCGAACAGAAUCAAUCUAUGAAACACUACACACGCUGCCUUUUGCCUCAUGCACACCCUCUUCAUUACCAUUUGACCGUAAAUGUAUGAAUAAAUGUAUGAAACUGUCUAGGAAAAAAAAAAAAGGCACUGGUUCACGGAUUAGCAGAGAUGUGCAGCACACACAGCUUUUGACGUCAAACUCCCACGCCAUCUCCGCGUCACUUGUACACCACAGCAUGUCAAACCCUUCCUGAGUCGUGUCACAGUUGUUUCCUGUUUCGGUGUUCUCCUCGACUUCAGCGUGAAGAAACGACCCAUGUGCACAGUGAUCGUUUGUGUCCGGUCGGCGCGGAGGUGGGGUUGUUGUGGCUCCUGUCGCUGUUCCCCUUCACUCGCCUGCACUUUCUCGGCGCCUUUCUCACACAAGCCAAACAUGUCCAACAACACGGUGGGAGAGAACGGAACGGCACAUGACAUGCAGAGCACAGCCUACGCUCUGAUGUACGGGUCUGUUAUGGCGCUGGGUCUGCCCCUCAAUGCCGUGUCGCUGUGGAUUCUGCUCCGCCGCCACGGCAUCACGUCGCCCAGCACCGUCUUCAUGGUCAACUUGGCAAUCUCAGACCUGCUGCUCGUCAUCUCCUUGCCCGCGAGGGUGUUCUUUUACGCCACGGGCACCUGGCCGCUGGGCAGUCUGGCGUGCGUCUGUUUCACGAUGCUCUUUCGCAACAACUUCCGCUCCAGCAUCAUCUUCAUCACCUUCAUCAGCGUGGACCGGCUGCUGGCCGUGGUUUAUCCUCUGAGGUCACGGCGUGUACGGACCACGGCCAACGCCUGGAGAGCUGCGGUGCUCAUUUGGCUGCUUUUGUACACGGUGAACGUCCCAGAGAGUGUCAAAUCAAUGCGGAUUGUGAACGGCUACAAUGGAUCACUUUGCUUUGAAUUUCGCCGCCGUUCUGGUGACUCGCACAUUUCUUUUUUGCAUUCUUUUUUUUCCGUGUUUGUGUUAACCCUGCUGGGAGUCAACAUCGUGUGCACUGUGCUGGUGACUUGGACUCUCCGCAGACGUGUAAAUGAAUCUGCAAAGGUCGACAACAAGGUGAAUGUCAUGCUGAUUUUGGCCGUGAACUUGUUGAUGUUCACUAUAUUUUUCUUGCCAUUGUCACUUUUUAUGUUCAAAAGUGCCGUACCUUAUAUCACACCAAUGACAUGUUUCGCUACUGUGAACUGUUGCCUGGAUCCGCUGCUGUAUUACUUUUCUUUUGAUGGCUUCUGGAAAAGAAAAGAGGAUGUGGGCACCUGACUUGCAAGACAACACUCUGUGACAUCAAUAGACAAGGCACAUGUGGCGUCACCGAACCGAAAAGGCAUUAUUUGUACGUGUUUUGCUCAAAAAAAUGUAAAAACCAAACAUGGUUUAUAUCUUAAAUAAAAAUGCCUUUAAAAAAACAUU